CCCCUGUCUGAUCUAGUCGUCAAAAUAAGAGCCAAGAGGCGUUUUAUAAGAUACCUACCAUUAUUUACUUAUUAAAAGAAGAUUUUACAGCCUCAGCACAUACGUUUGUGUUCGUCUUGUGUUUCAUUUUCACAGUAAUAUGUGUUUUAUUCAGCAGUGGUGGGACUUUUAAGUGCGAGUUAUGGAAACUGCGCAGUCCUGUGAAAAUUUCCCAAAAGUUCCGUUCACAGCCGCAUAGCUGAUAUCACGUGCGUCCGAUGUUAUUUAACUGAAGUAUUUAGUGGAAGUUCAAAGUCUGCGCUUCGGAGUUAAAGCGGUCGGACUAUUGAUUUGAGCUCGUCGACACAGCGCAAUUCAUUUGUGCUUUUCGUCAGUUCUGCAAGUUUCCUAAAUAAUAUAGGUGCCAAAACCAUAUUAGUGUACUCUAUGGAAUCAGCAUGGCAGAGAAUGGAAUCCAUGCACCGCUGGAUUUUGGAGAAUGGGGAUAAGCGGACAGACCCAUGGCUUCUAGUCUACUCUCCUGUACCAAUCAUCUGUUUAUUUCUUUGCUAUCUUGGUGUUAUUUGGAUCGGACCCAAACUUAUGAAACACAGGGAACCGGUGGACCUAAGGGCAGUGCUCAUUGUGUACAACUUUGCCAUGAUCGGUUUGUCAGUGUACAUGUUUCAUGAGUUCUUGGUCACUUCUUGGCAGGCAAACUACAGUUAUCUCUGUCAACCUGUGGACUACAGCCCAAGUCCAUUGGGAAUGAGGAUGGCCAAUGUAUGCUGGUGGUUUUUCUUCUCUAAAGUCAUUGAGCUUAGUGAUACAGUCUUUUUCAUCUUGAGGAAGAAGAACAGUCAGCUCACAUUUCUACAUGUGUAUCAUCACGGAACAAUGAUCUUCAACUGGUGGGCAGGAGUUAAAUAUGUGGCAGGAGGUCAAUCAUUUUUCAUCGGGCUGCUGAACACCUUUGUUCAUAUUGUGAUGUAUUCUUACUAUGGCCUGGCAGCCCUGGGGCCACACAUGCAGAAAUACCUGCGGUGGAAGCCUUACCUUACCACACUUCAGCUGAUCCAGUUUGUAUUGCUGACUAUUCACACUGGCUACAACCUCUUCACUGAGUGUGACUUCCCUGACUCCAUGAACUCGGUUGUUUUUGCGUACUGCAUCAGCCUCAUUGUGCUGUUUAGCAACUUUUACUACCAGAGCUACAUGACCAGAAAGAGCAAGAAGUCUUAACAGUCUGUGUCAGUCCAAAUGCUAAAUACCAAAGAGAAGAAUCUCCCAUUGUCUGCAUCAGAGGGAUGACAUUGAUGAUUAAUAGACUACUAUUUUUCCAUCAGUGUUCACUUUGCAAUCCUACCUCAGCUUACCUCAACCCUACUACAGUAUAUUUAAUCGGCAGGACUUAAAGGAUUUGUUCAAACAGUUGGCCUCAUAUUAGAGGUCUGAUUCUGCUUAUUUUUAUACAAAAUGUCUAGAACUUUUCCAAUACAGAUGUCAAGUAUGUUGUUAUUCUUUUUGGUAUUUUGGAGCUAUGUAAGUCAACCAAAAUGACUGUAAUGUAAAUAAAAUGUGAAUCUCA